UUUUGGGUUUGUGUGCGCUUCCGCAGUCCCCAGCUUUAAAUCGACACCUCACGUCCAGUGACGGCCGCAGACACAGACUCUCUCUCUGGAACCGCUGAGCGAAUGGCACCCUCCCCCCCGGUCUCGACGUUGUCUGUCGCAGCACACACAUCGGACGAACGGCAGGGGGGUGCUGCCCGUUCUCGCGGCCGUGACUGGCCCAAAGAUCUUUGGAACCAGGCAAGCCUGCGACGCGCUUCGAGUUUGACCAUGUUUCUCGGACGGGCAUGGCGGCUGCAGGGAGUCAAGAAACAUCCCUUCUAUCGCGUGCCGUCGCUGCAAGGGCGAGGUUUGCAGUCUACGAGAAAAAACGUUUAUCGGACGGCCCUGCACGCUCACUCUGCUGCUGCUGCUGCUGCUGCUGCUGCUGCGGACGCAUCUCUUAUCGUCAGGGUGGAAUCGACACUCCAACUGCGGAUCGAACCGGGGUUGAACGGGAGUGUUGUCAUGUCCGGAUGGAGACACGGUUCAAAUGUCGGUCUGGGACUCGUUCAAGGGGAUGAAGAAAAAUCUGCAUCUGGCAGAUACGGCGGAGCGAAGACAAUGGAAUCUGCCCGGCAGAGCACCUCGUCUAGGCGACGUGAUUCGUGCGUCCCGUAGGGCCUCUGCCGACCCGACAUAUUGUCACUUUUGGCGAUGCAACGCUCCGUGCCUCGCACCCGUCCACUGACAUGUCGACAUGCUCGUCGUUCAUCCUGUGAGACAUAUAGGGGUAGGGGGGGGAUAUGGCUGUGUCUUUCUUCUCGCACUUGCAUCGCCAUCGCUGCACGGCACACAGGAAAUACCGGGGCCAGGAAUUCGUUCGGUUGCGCAUGUCACGGCGGCGGCGGCGGCGGCUUCGAAGGCGCGAUGAAGCUCUCCUCCAAGACUUCUCCCCCCCCCCUUUUCCCACCGGCUUC